AUGAACAAAGAAUAUGAUGUUUUCCAGCAAGCUCUUGACGCCAGAGCUUUGGCUGUGACCCAGCUUCUCGAAGACUUAGUGGACCAUAAUAUUGACAUGAUCCUGAAUCGAAGAAAAUGCGUGGCUGCCACCCAGAAGAUCAUUGAAGAGAAAUUCUCUGAGACACUGUUGUCCAGGAACUUGAGCAGCCCCAAACUGUACCAGCUGGAUAGGCCAUCAGAUAUACAGAAGGUCCCCUUCUCCAACAACGAUGUAACAACUAAAGUCGGCAUGGGAGUUGAAAAAAUAAGGUUGAAACUCAAACAGCUGUGGCUAGAAGGAAACCUGUUGUGCAACACCUUCUCAGAAGAGUCCAGGAUGUUACCCCGACCCAUUAUCUCUGGCACUGAAGCCCACAAGAAGUUACCAGUCUGCAAAGGAAGGAUCAUUGGAUCUGAGUCCCUAAGGAAUCUAGUCCUGCAAUUCCUGAAGCAGUAUUUCUGGAUCUAUAACUAUGGGGAAAGGCAGGGUCUUUUGUGUGCUUACCAUGACAAGACCUGCUUCUUGCUGACCACUCCCUUCAACUCUGAGGACCCAGAUCUAAGCAGCUUGGGCAAGUACUUCAAGGGUAGCAGGAAUAUGAAGAAGCUGAAGGACCCCAUCCUGCAGCUUUGGUUGCUGAAACACACAAAAUGUGACAUUGCUAUCUUCCUCCGUGUGUUGCCCCAAACUCAGCAUGACCUCAGCUCUCUCCUCGUGGAUAUGUGCAGCCAGACAGUGAGCAUCUGCUUCCUCCCUAAGGCCCAGAAAGAGAAAGUGGUGCCCACAACAUCUUCAAGCUCCAUGUCCACCCUCUCCCAGGAGCAGCAGGAAAUGGUACAGGCGUUCUCCACUCAGUUUGGGAUGAAACUCAACUGA